GAUUACAAUCCCAUUCAGGGACUUCAUCUGCAUCCUGCAUGACUGUGAUUUCAGACGGACCGACGCCGACGCCGUGCUGCGGCUGGCUGGACGGCGCCCCCCGGGCUGGUGGCGUGGUGCUCGUCGGGGACGUCAACCACGUCCGGCGGAUGCUCAACCACGUCCGCGCCGACUACCCAAGCCUGUGGAACGGCAGUGCCUUCUUCCUGUUCGCGCUGUGCGCCGUGCCCGAGGUGCGGCCCGACAGCCUGCUGCGCUGGUUGGCGUCCAAGCACCUGCGGCGCGCGGCCGUGGCCGUGGAGCAGCGCUUCGGGGCCUUCACCCUCGACGAGGUGCCGCUGUUCGCGGCCCUGCCGCCUUACACCGGCAUCGUCGUGUGCCAGCGCGACGUGGAGAACCUCACGGCCGUGGACGUGUGGCUGCCGGAGUCCGGGACGCUGCUCCGCGACGGCGAGGACCUGUUCGCGCCGCGGGCCAGCCCGCUGCAGGAGUGCGCGCAGUGCCCGCUCAUAGCCACCCACACCACCGUCCAGAACACGUACGCGUUCGACGAGGCCAUCAUCACGGAGGCCGCCAGGAUCAUCAUGAGCCGCAUGGGCUGCCGCCUGGAGGUGCACACCCACAACGAGGUCGACUUCAGCCCCAACCGGACGUGGGUGGGCUCGUUCAGACGCGUGCUCUCGGGCAGGGCCGACAUAGUCAUGCGUUACUUGUGGGGGACGGCCGACCGCUACAUCUACUUUGAUCCGAGCAGCACGAUGAACGUCGAGAUCCUCUACGUCCACAUCAAAGUGGAAGAGCCCACCACCGAGCUCGUGCACACGCUGGCCCUCGAGUGCGUGGUCGUGCUGGCGCUCGCCUUCCUGGCCGCCGUCAACCACGGCUGCAUGGCGCUCAGCAGAUCGUUAGGCAUGGGCGGGGGCGUCCGGCACCCAUUUUUGCACGCCCUGAUGGGCGUGUGGGCGCUGUACGCGGACCAGCCUGGCACAGACAGCAGCGCCGCAGCCUGGGGCCGCCCGCUCUGGACCUUGCUCGCGCUCCUCGCCGUGGUCCUCAACUGCGUGCGGAGUUCCUUCUUCGCGUCGUGCGCCAUGGGCAUAGCGCCUCAAUACAUCCGCACGUUCGACGAGCUGCUCCGGGACGACGUGACCAUCGCUUGCCACGACCAGCUGCUGCUCGGCUACCUGCACACUAUCAGUCCCCAUGUCGUGGACUGCACCGAGAUAAUGCCCUACUGUAUGCAACGCCUGACGCACAACAAAGGUGACUUUGCGCUCCUGCUCAACCCAGCGCAGUUGUACCUCAACCUGACGGUGCCCGAGCGCGCGAACAUCUACCCGCUCGAGAAGCCCUUCUCCAUCCAGCCGAUCAUGCUGUACUUCGCCAAAGACCUCCCGCAGGUGGAGCCCUUCUCGCGGAUGCUGGGGCGCAUGCACGCGAGCGGCCUCAUCCUGGAGAACUACCGCAAGGCCACGAACUACGGCAUCACCGAGGCGCGGGGGCAGCUGAGGGACGGCCUGUUCGAGCCGCAGUCUCUCAGCAUGGCCGUCCUGGGCCCCGUCGUGGCCAAGUUGGCCCUGCUUCUGCUGCCGCUCUCCGUGCUCUGCUUCAUCGGCGAGGUCGUCGUCGGAAACCUGCGCCCACAAAACGACGUGGAAUCCGAACGGGCCGAGGUAGCCGACGCCGAGCGACUGCUAGACACCCGCGGGCUGGACCUGACCUGGACGGUGGCGGUCACGCUCCGGAAGGACGCCGUCCAGGAGGUCAGCCUGGUCGGAUGGUCGCGCGAGGGCGCCACCGUGUCUGCGCAGAGUGUGAGUCCCGCUCCUAGCCCCACCAGCUGGUGGCCGUGAGCUGGUGCCUGAGUACAACAGAGAACAGAGCUCUGGCAACCAUCGGGUGGUCAGAAGGGACAAAACUUUACGGUUACCUAAUUAACAAUUACACAGUUUUCACGGUUAUAUUAAAGUUGCCGGAACCAUCACUUCAUGUCUGCCAUAUGGGUCACGGUUUCGUAGAGCUUCCCAUUUUCCGGGGUGUAUGGUUACCUACACGAGUUAUUUCUUGCCGUAAUGGUGAACAAAUAAAAUCUUUUGCCCUCA